UUUCCCCUGAAUAUGGAAUUUAUUCUAUAAAAAUUGUCUAUACUUGAUACUUCUAGUUAGUGAUUACGUAUAACGUCAACAAAGUUCAAUUUUAUUCAUCUUUUUCAUGAAGUGUCACUAGUUUCAGAUGGAGCCUUGGGACGGUUUGAUAAACAUUACAUGUAACAUAACUAACUGUACAAUGUCCGAAUGCAUGCUUGUAGAGGAGUUCGAACAUUUUCCCGCAUGUUACGUAGUAGUAGCUGUGAUUUUACUUACCGUGAUUUUUGUAAUGGGGUUUGUUGGAAAUAUUCUUGUUAUAACUGUAGUCAUCAAACGCCGCAGUAUGCAUACGACUACAAAUUGUUAUCUCUUAAGUCUCGCCUUCGCUGACCUCUUGUUAUUAUUAUCAGCCGCCUUACCUGCUACAGCUGAACCGUUCUAUAAGCGCGCUGAAUGGCCGUAUGGACACGUUUUAUGCUCAAUAAUGGUUUUCGUGCAAUAUUUUGGAGCUAACGCGUCAGCGCUUUCUAUAACAGCCUUUACCAUUGAAAGAUACAUUGCUAUAUGCCAUCCAAUGAAAGCUCAAAUCAUGUGCACAACAGAACGUGCAAAGAAAAUAAUUAUAGGACUAUGGUGUUUUGCUCUGAUGUAUUGUGCACCUUGGUUAGGUCUUAGUGAAAUUACAUGUGAAAUAAAUUAUAUGGGUGAAACGAUGGAAUCCUGUGGUUAUAGACUAGAAAGAUAUCAAUACAGGGUAUAUUAUUUGAUAGAUCUUGUUAUUUUUUAUAUUGUACCGUUGGUUAUCACUGCGGUGUUAUAUUCAUCUAUUGUGCAUAUGCUAUACAACACAACCAUUUAUUGUUCCCGGCGUAAAAGAUCUAUAGACAAACGGAAACGGACAGCUGUAUCCUCUAGACGCCAGGUUGUAAAGAUGCUGAUUGUCAUUGUAGCCGUAUUUUGUAUCAUGUGGAUGCCUUACAGAACAGUCGUAGUGUACAAUUCCUUCAGUGAUUAUAAUAUUUCAAAUGUCUGGUUUUGGCUUGUAUGUAGAAUAAUGGUUUAUACGAACAGUGCUAUAAACCCUAUACUUUAUAAUGCUAUGUCGAUGAAGUUUAGAGAAGCUUUUACAGCUAUAUUAUGCCAUAGACAACUUGUAAAACAAAGAUGUCGUCGAUGUAGCCAAAAUCUUGGCACACAUGAUCCAACUGUGGGAAGUACUCGUAAAAAUCAGCAGUAUUCUCUGGUAACGUCAUCUACCGGUCAUGUAUUGCAAAUGGAACAGAAUGAAAUAUAUGAACUUAAUGAGAAGAUUUCUAACGAAGAAAGAUGUAGUUCGUGCAUAGAUGUUAAUGGAUACUUAUCAGAUAGUGAGAAGAGAAUGAAUGUUUCUUCAUAGAUAUAUGUCUGUUAAUGUUUAUUACCAUUUAAUCUUUAAAGAUAUUCGGGUCUUGCUGUAUGUAUUAAAUUAAUCCAAAUUCUAUAGGCGAUGUCCAACAUUUGAUAUCUACCAUUGGUGACUAACAUGUUUUUUCUUCCAAAUCAUUGUUCAAAUUGAAAAUUAAUAAAACAAAAUCUUUUAUUUCCUGUUUCUGUCUCGCCU